AAUGCGAAAUGGUUUGGAUUUUGAUUUGGUUUCUGAUUUAUUUGUCUGGAAUUUGAAGGAUUUUGUGGUAAGAGACGGUGGAUUCUGUGCUGCGUGUGAUGUAGUUGGAACCUGCGUAUUUCAAUUUGUCUCGGACAAUGUAAUUGAAUCUCAAUCUGGAUUUUGUGGUAAGAGAGACUGGAUUCCGUACGGCAUAUGAUGUAGUUGGAAUCUGAUUUAGAUUGUCUGCUUGAGUUGUGAUUGGGGAGAGCCAAUAGAAUAGCCAAUCUGAUCGCUAUGGAAGGUAGCAUCCGUGCAGAUUCGAGUCCAUUGCUGAGAUUUGAACCGCAUAAGGCAGUCAUUCAUAGUCUGACUCUAUAUGUAAUUGUGUGGACUAUAGUCUACUUGCUGCCUUGUCGUAUGGAGUUGCUUCGAUGGCUAUGGUUUUCAUCAAUAAGGCAGUUCUCAUGCAGUAUACUUACUCAAUGACUCUUCUCACUUUGCAGCAAUUGGUGACAACCUUGCUUAUACACUUUGGACGCGUGAUGGGAUACACAAAAGCAAAAGAAAUAAACAUGGAGACGGCAAAGAAACUAUUUCCGGUUUCAUUCUUCUACAAUGCAAAUGUGGCAUUUGCUUUGGCAAGCUUGAAAGGAGUUAAUAUUCCAAUGUAUAUUGCAUUGAAAAGGCUUACACCGCUUGCUGUAUUGGUAGCUGGAUUGCUUUCAGGAAAGGGGAAGCCUCCACCACAGGUCUCUCUUUCGGUUGUGCUUACUGCAGUUGGGGUCAUCAUUGCAGCAAUAGGAGAUUUUUCUUUUGACCUUGUUGGAUAUAGUAUGGCCCUUACUUCUGUUUUUUUCCAGACCAUGUAUCUGGUACUGGUGGAGAGAUCUGGGGCAGAGGAUGGACUUUCAUCAGUUGAAAUCAUGUUUUACAAUGGUUUUUUGUCAUUUCCAUUUCUGCUUUUUCUUAUAGUUGCCACAGGAGAGUUUCCGAAUUCUUUAACACUAUUGUUUGUGAAGCAGGCUUAUUCUUCGUCAUUCUUAGUUAUUGUUAUUCUUUCGUUGGUGAUGGGUAUUGUUCUCAACUUCACCAUGUUCUGGUGCACCAUAGUCAAUUCAGCUCUCACUACAACCAUUGUUGGAGUCCUCAAAGGCGUGGGGUCGACGACCUUUGGGUUUAUAUUGCUUGGUGGCGUACCAGUCCAUGCCCUAAAUGUAACUGGACUAGUCAUCAACACAGCCGGUGGCAUAUGGUAUUCAUAUGCCAAAUACCAGCAGCAGAAGAAGAGAAUCUUUAAGGUUGCAGCUGAUGCAGAGGCUCAUCAUAAGUGAAAUAUAACACAAUUUCGGGAGUUAAGUUACUGUGGCUCGUAAUUUUCAAGCAUUUACAGUCAACUGUACAGGAUAAUCAGUCAGGCAUUCAAUGCCAGAGUAAUGCACAAGCGAUUGUCAAUUCAGAAAUA